AUGCCGUUCUAUCUAAACCCUAACACCAAAGAGCCGUAUCUGCGUCUCGGGGCUCCGCAUACCAACAUCAUCAUCACCCCGCACCGUUUGGACCGACUCGACGAAGAUAUACCGCCUCGCGUGGAGAUGUUCAACGAUCCGAAGAUCUAUAUGGUCCUCGACGGUCCUCCAGUGCCGUAUCUAUAUGAAAAUGGAGUGAGUUGGGUGAAAUCUAUAGGCGAACAACUGCUCCCGGUUGUCGAAGCUAUACAGGCCAACCCUGCAGACCCUGGAGUGUUUGGCGAAUCGCCGUUCUCUUGUAUCCGCCUAGUCUCCAGGGAGGAUAAAGAUGGCCAUCCAUUGGAAGAUUGUGUGAUCGGCGAUAUCACGAUUACUCGGUAUGCGUUUUACGAGUACCCCCAGGACAGUGAGGAGCGAACGGCUGCGCAGAACGCUAAUAAGGAACUGCCUGCCGGAGACGAAAGUAUUGCGUGGGGUAUAGGAUGUUUUUUAUCACCAAGAUACCACGGUCAAGGCAUCAUGACAAGCGCUCUACGGACGCUGAUCCAUGAUUGGGCAGUGCCAUAUAUGAAGGCUCGUGACAUAAGGGCCUCGGUAAACUUGGGGAACAAUAGUAGCUUGAGAGUGUUUGAGAAGAAUGACUUUGAAGAGGUAUGCACGCUUAAGGACUGGAAGAAAGUCUCUGAAAGCCGUGGAGGUGGUGUGCAGUCGAUUGUCGUGAGAGAAUCGCCUGAACCUUCAAUCCACUCAGACGAUUCCUCUGGUGUCUUGGAUGCCGAUGAUGCCCUAGCUAUACGUUUGAUCAUGCGCGUUGUCAAUCGAUCGCUCCAACUACAUGGGCCUGGAUACCAAAUCACCGUGCUAUCGCAUCCUGAGCCAGAACUCUUCUUGCUAGCGCACACCGGGCUUGACCAGGACUUCUCCAAAGGAUCCGGCUUUUGA